AUGGCACCUUACGUCGACUCAGACUUUGGCGUCGACGCCCCUCUGUCGCCACCCCUCCACCAGGUGACCAGCAACGGCUCCGGCACGGGCUUCAUGCCCAUCCCUACCUCCCCAACCCAGGGCCACCCGGGCUCGAUCGAGGUCCCCGCCUCGCGCUCGUCACACGCCGACGUCUCGGCCUACAUGCACAACCUCUCCAUGUCGCCCUCGAUGCGGGACCGCCGGCCGUCGCGCAACUCCUUCGGCACGUCGCUGCCCAUCCCCAAGUCCAAGCGCCAGUCCCGCCUCAGCUCCGUCACGCGGCCCAACGACGACGACGGCGACGCCCAGACGAGGCCCGGCCUGGCCAAGAUCCAGUCCACGCGCGACCUGCUCGUCUCGCAGGUCCAGGACAUGUCGGGCGGCAAGGUCAAGGCCGCCAAGGACAUGGCCUUUGUCUUUGACAUUGACGGCGUGCUGGUCCACGGCGACCGCCUGAUCCCCGAGGGCCGCCGCGCGCUCGAGAUCCUCAACGGCGACAACGAGCUCGGCAUCAAGAUCCCGCACAUCUUCCUCACCAACGGCUCCGGCAAGCCCGAGGCCGCCCGCGUCCGGCAGCUCGAGGGCAUCCUCGGCCAGCCCAUCUCCACCGACCAGUUCAUCCAGUCGCACACGCCCAUGCGCGCCCUGGCCGAGUACUACGGCACCGUGCUCGUCGUCGGCGGCGAGGGGUACCGCUGCCGCGAGGUCGCCGAGCAGUACGGCUUCCGGGACAUCGUCGUGCCCAACGACAUCGUCGCCUCGGACCCCACCAUCGCGCCCUACCGCGUCUUCACCGACGAGGAGCGCGCGUCCUCGCGCCCGCGCGAUUUUACAAAGGUCAACAUCGAGGCCAUCAUGGUCUUCUCGGACAGCCGCGACUACGCGACCGACAUGCAGAUCAUCAUGGACCUGCUGCGCAGCGAGGACGGCCGUCUCGGCACCGUCGCCAAGGACCCCGUCUCGCAGCGCAUCCCCAUCUACUUCUCGCAGGGCGACAUGCUCUGCCCCACCGAGCACCCCAUCCCGCGCAUGUCGCAGGGCGCCUUCCGCAUCGGCCUCGAGGCCAUGUACAAGUCCCUGACGGGCGUCGAGCUCGAGCGCGUCGUCUACGGCAAGCCCGAGCUCGCGACCUACAAGUACGCCGACGAGGUCAUGGCCUCGUGGAUGGACCAGCUGCACGGCGACGAGCGCGUGCCGCGCAACAUCUACAUGGUCGGCGACAACCCGGCCUCGGACAUCAUCGGCGGCAACAUGUACGGCUGGAACACCUGCCUCGUCCGCACGGGAGUCUUCCAGGGCGGCGAUAACGACGACGAGAACCCGGCCAACUUUGGCGUCUUCAAGAACGUCCUCGAGGCCGUGCAGACGGCCAUCCGCAAGGAGCUCGGCAAGGGCUUCAACUUCAAGUGGGACGAGCGCGUCAACCCCAUCAAGCAUGAUGCCACUAUCGCUUCUGCCAUUGAGGUCUGA